GUUUCUGUUUAUUUUUGCAAUACUUUAACCUCUGACCUUGACCUCUUUCUUCAACUUUUGAAGAAAUUUAAUAAUUCUGUACAAAAAAAAAACAGCAACAUGUAUUGGAAAUCAGAAGAUAUUUUUCCGAUAAUACAGGGCUUUUCAUAGUAAUUGUUCCCACUUUGCCAAACUUUGGCAGGAACAGUUAGAACAGGGCUUCAAGAUUCGGUUUCAAAUCUUUUUUCCUUCAUAAAGUAAUCUUCACAAAAUGAAAGUAGUUGCCUUAAUAAGUGGAGGCAAGGAUAGCACCUUCAACAUGAUGCAAUGUAUUGCAGCAGGUCACAAAAUAGUUGCACUAGCUAACCUAUCACCUCACAGUAAAACAGAACUGGACAGCUUCAUGUAUCAAAGUGUUGGACAUGAAGCUAUUGACCUCAUAGCUGCUGCAAUGGACUUGCCUUUGUAUAAGAGAGAAACGCUAGGGAUUUCAUAUGAAAGAGGAAAAACAUAUAAGCCUUCUGACAAUGAUGAGGUGGAAGACUUGUAUUUAUUACUGGAACAGAUCAAAACUGAAGUUGAUAUUGAAGCUGUAUCUGUAGGUGCCAUACUAUCUGAUUACCAAAGAGUCAGAGUAGAAAAUGUAUGUAUUAGACUAGGUCUCACCCCUCUUGCCUACCUUUGGCAGAGGAACCAGGAAGAACUACUAGAUGAGAUGAUCAGGUGUGAAGUAGAUGCUAUCCUAAUAAAAGUGGCUUGUCUUGGCUUAGAAACCAAGCAUCUAGGUAGAUCUCUCAGUCUAAUGCAGCCCCAUCUGUUGGCCAUGCACGAAAAAUACGGGGUGAAUGUAUGUGGAGAGGGCGGGGAAUAUGAGACUUUAACACUGGAUUGCCCAUUGUUCAAAAGUAGAAUAGUCAUUGAAGAUUCAGAACUUGUAGUACAAUCCGACGAUCCAAUAGCACCCGUAGGCUAUCUAAUUUUCAAACAACUGUCCCUAGAGUUGAAACUGCCUGCUUUAGAUUUGCAUAGUCGGCUCGAAGGCUUGCCGCUCAAAGAUAGCGAUGGUUAUGUCACUGAUCAGAGUGAAGAAGCCUUCGAAGUUUUAGAAAGAGCCUUAGAAGAAGACGAAGAAGAACGUAUACCAAACCCGCCUACUAACAAUGUCAAUUACGUUCCUUUGAACAUCUUUCAAAAACCCACCUCAGUGAAAAGCAAAGACGGUUGGCUCUGGAUCGGUGGAAUCCAGGGAAAUUCUUCAGAUUCUCUCGAAUCUAUGUACCAAGCCAUGAAUAUUUUAAAGUUGGAACUCUCUAUAAAUGGUCACUCAAUUCAAGAUGUCUGUUCUGUGACGAUGUUUAUAAAUGACAUGCAGAAAUUCGCAGCAUUGAACAAAUUGUAUCUUGAGACAUUUAAUUUCACCAAUCCUCCCACCAGAGCUUGUGUCCAAGUCCCUUUCAACGAAAACUGUCCUGUAAGGAUAGAAACAUUGUCUUGGAGACAGCCCGAUAAUGUUAGUGGAGACAAUAAUAUUGAAAGACAAACCAUGCAUGUUCAGAGUAGGUCACAUUGGGCGCCAGCAAAUAUAGGACCUUAUAGCCAAUCUGUCAGAGUGAAGAAUUUCGUAUAUUUAGAAAAAAUUUUUGUAGCUGGCCAGAUAGGGUUGGUGUCGGGUAGCAUGGAAAUGGUGAAAGGAGGCGUUAAAUCUGAAUGCCGGUUGGCCCUUAGGCACUUAAAAAGACUGUUGAAGGCUGUGGAUUCGAAUUUUAGUUUAAGUAACGUAGUGCAGGGUACAUGUUAUGUGACAGAUAAGUCGUAUAUUGAAACGGCUAGGAAAAUGUGGGAAAGCAGGACCAAUAAUGCCUUAGUGGAAUAUGUGGUGGUGACAGGUCUACCUAGGGGCAGUGCUGUCGAAUGGCAUGUUUGGGCUCACAAAUACAACAAUCAAUUCGAUUACGAAGAAAGAGGCAAGUGCAUCGACAAAUACUCGAUAUCGAUCUACCGUCGCUGGAACCACGAGAGCAACCAGGCCGCCAUCUUGUGUCACGUGGCCCACCCGGAGGCCGACGUCACCAUGGACGACGACGUGUUCCGCGAAGCUAUGGGCUACACCAUCGAAAAAUUGCGCCAAGGUCACGAGGAAGACAAGGCUUCGGCCAUCAGCCUCAGGAUCUUUUAUUCCGUCAGCAAAGGCAAACUGAAGGAAUCCAGCCUGUUCGCCGGGUAUUUCGCGAAUCUCGCCAACGACAUGGCGCUGAGUUUCACUCUAGUGCCUGUCGUUGCUCUCAGAAACGAACAGACGAUUCUGUCGAUAUGCGGGGUCAAAGUUCCAUGAAACUGAAUGAGGGAUAGAGUGGUAAGAUUGAUGAACUAUACAUAUGUUCCAGUUAAGAAUGAAGUAGAUGACAUGGAUGGCAAGGCCCACUUCAAAUUAUUAAACCCGCCAAAUACAUAUGUUACGGGCAAUGUAAAUAAUUGGGCAUUAUUUAUAAGUUUUAUUCAUAUUUAAAGUACUUUUUUCAGGAAGGAAAAUAUCCCUGCAUAAAAAAGAAGACUACUUUUUCAGGGAGGAAGGAAUAUUUCCCUCCUGCAUAAAAAAGGACACUACUUUUUUGAACCAAACCUUACUCUGUUUAAAUGAACCUUCAUCAAAAAUGAAUGCUGACUGGCCAGCGAGAAUCACACCAUACGCACGUUGCCAAAUCGCUGUUACUUAAUCAAAGUGCCCAGAAAAUAAUAGCAGUAUUUAUAAUGACCUGGCAAUGUAAUGAAUUAUCGUAGACAAAUACCAAAUUAUUAAAUUGCCCGAUGGUGUUGGGAACUUUAUGCAUGGAAUAAUCAAGUUGCCCGUAACAUACAUAAUAUACAUUUUAUAAUGAAUUCAGAGUUAACUGCUGAACCAAUUAUAUUAUGUUUGUGUAGCAUUGAGAGUAUAAUUUGCAGAAUCCCUAGUAAUAUUAUAAAUGUGAAAAUAAGUUUGUUUGUUACGCCUAAUCGCCAAAACUUUUCAACCAAUUAUCAUGAAACUUUGUAUACCUAUUCUUAGAUGUAUUAGAAAGGACAAAGGAUGCUUUUUAAUAAAAAACAACUUUACGGAGGGUAAAAAACAAUAUUUUGGCAGACAUGAUGAAUCAAGCAACUCAAUAUAUUAUACACUAUAGCUUCAACUGUUUAUAUUUGAUAUUAUUUUGUGAAAUUUUUGAGGUUAGGUGUCAGUUUAUUGUUUUAUCUAUACUCACUGCAUCGAAAGUAAGCAUUUGCUCCCUUAUUUAAGGACACAAACCUGUCAAUUUACUCCCGUGGGAGGUAAAAUAAAUUGGCUGUAGCUUGCUUCUUCAUUCUUGACUGGAAUGUACUGUAGACAGGUUGCUUUAUGAAUAGGGUAAACUCGUGUGUAUUUCACACUCAAAUAUCGUUUUUUUAUUACUCAUAAUUAUUGUAAAAGUCGCAUUAUACCAUUAAAAACCAUGAUGAAAAAUUUGAUAUUUCAUUAUUCCAUUAUUGUAAACGGUUAUUGAGCAUUUUUUCAUUAAAUUAUUAGUUGAAAGGUGGUUGUUCUUGAGUGUGCCAUGAGGUAUACCCAGCGAGCACAAAAACAUCUCAGAGAUGUUAAAAGUACGAGAUUUCGAGACAUUGAACCUCCACUGCGAUGUUCUGUUCACACAUGAAUAGAACUAUUAUAGAACAGCCAAUGUCCGCCGCAGGCGGCAAUUAUCGAGAUGUCCUUGAUAUGUCACAAAACUACCUUCUCCCUUGUUCUUUUUAAAGCCUUUCCAUGGACACAACAGAACAUUUUCAACGCGUCUUGCGAACAUUAAAUCGCUGUAAAAAAACAUUUUCGAGGUACUUUUCUGAAGCCUUUUGUCAAAAUGAACUUUUGCAUUAGGAUUCCAUUUUCCUUGAAUGAAAAAAUGCAUUAAAAAUAGAUUGAACAUACAAAUAUUUUCUUGAUAUGAAAUUACCUUCCGGUUUCUGAGUAGUGCUUACUACACACAGACAUAUAAUUGGAAAUAGGUUUCCCAAUUUUUGAAAUGUUCUCCACAAUGCAUAAUUUCGCAACUGCGGAGAAGCUGUGUAUUGAUGAAUUCGUACUUUUAUAUAUUGAUUACACUGAGGCACCGAACAACACAUCUUGCAUCUGAUGGUCAUUAUUACAAACUAAAUAAGUCUUCUAACACAAUAAACUUCACCAAAUUCCUUUCUGUUCGUUAGCAGCGUGAUGUAAGCGUGACACGCUGCAAACGCGAAUGCCAAUUGCGAACAAGAAGAACAAAAUCGAAAACAAAUCAGAAUUCAUCGUAUUGUGACGUAAGCAUGAGACGCUGUGGUGGGACAAACAAAGAAAGGGCACAAAAGAACAAAAACAAUACUUUCAAUAUCCUUUUAAGACCUCUUUGGGAAGUGCAUAUUACGCCUCAAAAAAACAUCCUCAUGCCUACAUUUCUAAAACAUCCCAGGGAUACCUCUCAGUAAGCAAACAAAGAAAUGCCACAGAAGAACAAUAACAAUACUUCAAUAUCCUUCAAAGACCUCUUUGGUCAGUGCAUAUUACGUCUCAAAAUAACAUCUUCAUGCCAACAUUUUCAAAACAUCCCAGGGAUGUUUGUGCUCGCUGGGAUGUGGCCUAAUAUACUGACGUCAUAAUAUUAGUCAUAUUAGCGUUUCAUCACAUUGAGUAUCCCAGAACAAAAGUUUUUAGUAACGGAGAUACAGAGAGUGUCAAAUGUCAAUGACCUCUCUUUCUAAUAGUUCCAUCGAUUGUUUUGAGAUGUUUCGAGAAUCUUCCGUCGCCACGAUAUGUAUUGAGUGUUCGGGAAGUCGGUACAUCGGGAUGUUCGAGAACAAUCUAGAAUCUAUAAUAGUUAUUCAUGUAUCAAGGGUGCAAAAUAAGGAAGGUGUAUAAAUAGAUCUAGACCGUUUUGUCCAGAGCAUAAUCCAAUAAUAAAAUCCAAAUCUUAC